AUGAAGCCGCCGAAGUUCCACGGAGGUAUAGAGCCGAUGAAAGCAGAAGCAUGGGUUCUUGAGAUGGAAAAGUUGUUCGAGGUUUUUCCUAGCAUCGACGCCCAGAAGGUGUCACUGGCAGCCUUUACAUUGGAAGACGACGCUCGUAGAUGGUGGAUGAUGAUCCGAGAAGGCAAUCCGGACUUGACUUGGGCUAGAUUUUUGGAGCUGUUCUAUGAUAAGCAUUUCUCACUCAGUGUCCGAGAUCGCAAGACUACAGAAUUUCAGAUGUUGAUACAGGGUAGCAAAACAGUGGCAGAGUAUGAUUGUGCUUUCACCGAGUUGGUAAGGUAUGCACCUUACAUGGUCGACAACGAAUACAGAAAAGCUAGGAAGUUUGAGAGUGGACUCCGAGGGCCGAUACAAGAUCAGGUUAAUUUGCUAAACAUGCCAACAUAUGCUGGAGUGUUAGAUAAAGCCAUCCUUGCAGAAACCAACCUGAACAGAAGUCAAAGUUCGGGGAAGAAUCAAAAGAAGAGGCAGACCUACGACAAUUGCGAAGAAGAAGCAGACCCGACUGAUGCCGAGGAGGAGACAAAGGUGGACAGUUCUAACAGCGCAAAUCGGGAAGGUGGUACUCGGUUGACAUGUGCAAGUUGCGGGAAGCUACAUUUUGGGGUUUGUCUUCGGGCAACUGGAGCAUGUUUCGGAUGCGGUGAGAUAGGUCAUCGCAUUAAGGAUUGUCCCAAGGUAAAAGCUAGAGAUGAUAAGAAGAGAUGA